AAAGGGGUGGGUUUGGCUCACACAUUUAUGGGCGUGUCAGACAUGGAGGGUCUCUGCUAGACUCCGCCUAAGUAGACAGCACCUGACAGAGCCCCUCCCCUUAUUCCUGGAUUGGUCCAAUCUCCACCGGCCCCACCCAUUUCUCCAGACCCUCCAAGGAACGUGGCCGGAUCGAACCUCUUCUCACCCAGGUGCCGUCCGUUUGGUGAGGGCGGCGAGGGCUGUGCUGUGAUUGGUUGACUGCGGGUGGGAGUGCAAUGCGGAUUGGAGGAUGUCGGGGGACUGGGAUGAAGACCACCUGUGUAAGAAGGCACUCACUCUGGUGGAGGAGUUGUGCUUACACUCCUCAGCGAAGGACAGCCAUGAAGCCAGCUGCCGAGACUUCGUCUACAUGAUGAGGGGACAGCAGCACGAAACAGAGAUCUCUGUCAGCCUGUUGUCGGUGAUUGUGACAUUCUGCGGGAUCGUCCUUCUCUCAGUCUCUCUCUUUGUCUCCUGGAAGCUCUGUUGGUUGCCAUGGCGAGACAAGGAGGGUGGGGGCCUGAGCUUGACAUCAGGGCUGAUGCCCGGGGGUGUGGGUGGGAUGGGCGGCAGUGGGGGGGCCUCCCUCCUACCUCCUGUCAUGCAGAGGAAGGCGUCCCACUCCUCACUCUACCCCUCCCUGGCCCAGUCCCAGCAGCAUCACCCCCACUUCUCUGACCUGGUGGGGGUGGAGAGUGGCCAGGGGGUGGGGGGCGUGGUGGGAGGCCCGGAGCAGACCCAGGAACACUCCUACCUGGACAUGGACUCCUACCCCAACAACGCUGGGAAUCUUAAAUUGAGCCAGACGUCUCCAGAGUUGCCCCCCACCACUGAGGGGGGAGCCGCCCCACCCCACAAAGACAUGCCCAAUGCCCACUCCCAGCAGCAGGUCACUGCACGGCCCAAGCCCAUGACUCACCAGUUGUCCAGCCCUGAUUUCCAUGGUGAGGAGAAGAGCGAGCAGGUGACCAGCAUUGGCCAAAUCAAACCGGAACUCUACAGACUGCGUGGGGGCGACCAGGGGGAAGGGAAACCGGGGGACAAUUGUGGCAAGAUCAGCUUCCUCCUGCGCUACGCCUUCAAUACAGAGCAGCUAGUGGUGAAGAUCCUGAAGGCUGUAGACCUGGCUGCCAAGGACGCCAACGGCUUCUCAGACCCCUACGUUAAGAUCUACCUACUGCCAGACAGGAAGAAGAAGUUCCAGACCAAGGUCCACAGAAAGACCCUAAACCCUAUCUUCAACGAGACGUUCCAGUUCGGUGUCCCCCUGGCAGAGCUGCACUCCCGGAAGCUACACUUCUCUGUCUACGACUUUGACCGCUUCUCCAGACACGACCUGAUUGGCCAGGUGGUUGUGGACAACCUUCUGGACUUCAGCGAGGGCACAGGGGAAAAGCCUGUCUGGAGGGACAUAGUGGAGGGCACUGCGGAGAAGGCUGACCUGGGGGAGCUGAACUUCUCUCUGUGUUACCUGCCCACGGCAGGUCGGCUCACCGCGACUGUCAUCAAGGCCACCAACCUCAAAGCCAUGGACCUCACCGGCUUCUCAGACCCAUACGUGAAGGCUUCUCUGAUAUGUGACGGCCGCAGACUAAAGAAGAGGAAGACCUCCAUUAAGAAGAAUACGUUGAACCCCACCUACAACGAGGCUCUAGUCUUUGACAUCCCUCAUGAGGACAUCGACAGGGUGUCCAUCAUCAUCGCUGUCAUGGACUAUGACUGUAUUGGUCAUAAUGAGGUCAUAGGAAUGUGUCGUGUGGGCAGUGACGCUGACGGUCCUGGGAGGGAGCACUGGACUGCCAUGUUGGCCAACCCCCGCAAGCCCAUAGACCACUGGCACCAGCUCGUCGAGGAAAAACUUGUGGCCUCAUUUGUGUCAAAGAGUCCCGCAGCCUCUCCCAAGCCUCACAUCGUGGUGGACAGUCCUCACUCUGAGUAGAACUGUUAUUAUCAUCUUUCCAGUUCCAGACUUUCUUUCUGCUCAUCUGUGAAUAAUUCUCUCCAUCAAACAAAGAGAGAUAAGGAGACACAUCGACUGCUACUGCUGUUCUACUGCUACUGCUGAAUAUUCCAACUCCUGUCCUGUCGCAACGAAGCACAGGAAUACAGAAUCUACACUCUAUACAAGCAACACUUAGAACUCUGACACACACACGCACGCACGCACACACACACACACACACACACACACACACACACACACACACACACACACACACACACACACACACACACACACACACACACACACACACACACACACACACACACACACACACACACACACACACACACACACAGUGCUUCAGGUUAGUGCCAGUAAUUCAUCCAGGAGGAGUGUGAUGAUGCACAUUUCUCCCUCCAAUCAAACCUGGGCCUAAGGUUUCUGCUCUGUAUGGACUUCAAAAGACAAACCGUGCCAAUGCUUUACUUUAGGCCAUUAGUAUACAAGUGUAGGAGUUAGGAAACAUCCAUGUAGUGUUUCCAGCAGGACAAACAUCAGUUGUGGAGACUCUAGUGGUUUGGGCCUACUGUAUCUGGGCUUUUCUGGCUUCUUUUAGCUGGAGGAAGGAACCUUUGCCAGUCGUUAUUAUUGAUGUCAGGGGAGGGAGAAAUGUGGAUGAACCCAUCUGCUGAAGCAUGUUACGUAACCUUGAAAUGUGUCCCUUCGCCUCAUUAUUUUGUCACCUUCUUCAUGGUGCUCAUUAAUGUGAAUUUGCUUUUAUUUUUCUAUUUGUUUAGUUUUGGGGGUUUGUGUAAUAUAAUCAUCCAGAAAGGAAUUUAUCCAUACCAUUUUUUUACGAUCCACUAAGGAUGUGACUGUGAGUACUCGAAGACCUGAAAUAUUUGAGCGCCUUGGGAUGUUACAGGAAUAGUGUUCCCCUGUUUGGACAUACUGGCAGACUUUACCCCAGAGGACUCUACAGGGGAACUGUGAUGAGGACGGACCUGCUCGGCUUGGAGUGCACUUACUGGAAAUGUAUCCUACAGGGAAGGAUUUCACCAUUAUAUGGAAUUUUUCUAUCAUUCCAAGAUUUUGUUUUUCGGAAAGACAUUAUUUAAUUUGAAAAGAUAAGAAUUGUCUGCAGUCCAUCAUGUCUCCGACUGGACGACAACGUUAGAAGGACACACGCAUUUGUGUUGCUUUGAUUUGUGUGUAUUUCUGUGUUUGUGUGUGUGUGUUUUGUAUUCGUGUGCGUCUGUGUGUGUAUGCCUGUGUGUUUGUGUGUGUCACUGUGACCUUCUGUGUGACACGUUUCUGUGCUCAUGACGUCCCUAUCUUCUACCUGUCCUCGCGGCCCCACACCAUUCCUAGCAUCCACAGACUGAAACUCCUGUCUUUGAACAAAAUGUGUCUUCUGUCCUGUGUGUCUUAGAGGAACCAUUUGUUGUAGGACCCAUUGCACUUGGUGGGGAGUGGGAUACUUAUGAUCCCUGAAGAACAGUCGGUCUCUGACAGAGAUUAGAGUGUAUCGUGUGUGUUGUUUCCCAGAUCAGCUGUCAGUCACUCAAAAGUGCCCCCCCCCUGCCUGAUCUAUGUAACUGUGUUGGUUGUGUACUACUUUUAGUAAAUGUGUACUGUGUGUCUGAGGGGAAACCAGUUGGCACCGUGAUGUUAGAUACGUUUUGAUUACUUGAGGUAGAAUUUUUGGGCUGAGUAAUGACUCUUUUAUGUCCCCUAGCAGUCCCUCCAAACGGGGAGACAGAGAGGGGGUAGCCAUGUCCUUUAUCUUUUGUGAAAUACGAUGAACCCCUGUUUACGCUCUGCACUUCCUCUUUAAGCACCAUGUGGCUACUGCCAUGGGAUAACCAUGUCUACCACCACUUCUGCUACUAUAACCUCAACUAACAGUUAGCACUACUAAUGCUAUGGCUGCCAUUUCCCCUUAAACGCAUUCAGGGGGAUCCAGUUACUAUUCCAACUUCAGGCCAAGGAAGUGCAGGGAUGCUUACUGGUAUGCUUGGUAUGUACACAGAUUAAAGCCGUAUAUCCCAUAUCAUAGCCAGAAGUUUUCCAUCUGGAACUGUAUGUCUGCUCAGGUUGUUCUGGGAGGUCAUUGAUCUGCCUGUAUAAGUAGAUACUAUAGUACUGUAUAGUACUAUAUCUACUUAUACAGUACUGUAUAAGUAGAUACUCUCUCUUUUUCUCUCCCUCUCUCUCUCUCUCUCUAAAUAUACCUUUCUCUUGCCCCUUAAUCUCUUUCUAUACCUCACUCUCUUUUUCUCUCCCUCUCUCUCUCUCUCUUUUUCUCUCCCUCUCUCUCUCUCUAAAUAUACCUUUCUCUUGCCCCUUUAUCUCUUUCUAUACCUCACUUUCCUUUUCUCUCCCUCUCUCUCUAAAUAUACAUUUCUCUUGCCCCUUUAUCUCUUUCUAAACCUCACUCUCUUUUUCUCUCCCUCUCUCUCUCUCUCUCUUUUUCUCUCCCUCUCUCUCUCUAAAUAUACCUUUCUCUUGCCCCUUUAUCUCUUUCUAAACCUCACUCUCUUUUUCUCUCCCUCUCUCUCUCUCUCUUUCUCUCCCUCUCUCUCUCUCUCUCUCUAAAUAUACCUUUCUCUUGCUCCUUUAUCUCUUUCUAUGCCUGCCUGCAGCUCUCUGCCUCUCUCUCUCUCUCAAUAUUCCUUUCUCUUGCCCCUUUAUCUCUUUCUAUGCCUGCCUGCAGCUCUCUGCCUCUCUCUCUCUCUCAAUAUACCUUUCUCUUGCCCCUUUAUCUCUUUCUAUGCCUGCCUGCCGCUCUCUCUCUCUCUCUCUCUCUCUAAAUAUACCUUUCUCUUGCCCCUUUAUCUCUUUCUAUGCCUGCCUGCAGCUCUCUGCCUCUCUCUCUCUCUCAAUAUACCUUUCUCUUGCCCUAUUAUCUCUUUCUAUGCCUGCCUGCCGCUCUCUCUCUCUCUCUCUCUCUCUCUCUCUCUAAAUAUACCUUUCUCUUGCCCCUUUAUCUCUUUCUAUGCCUGCCUGCAGCUCUCUGCCUCUCUCUCUCUCAAUAUACCUUUCUCUUGCCCUAUUAUCUCUUUCUAUGCCUGCCUGCCGCUCUCUCGCUCUCUCUCUCUCCCUCUCUCUCUCUCUUUUUCUCUCCCUCUCUCUCUUUUUCUCUCCCUCUCUCUCUCUCUCUCUAAAUAUACCUUUCUCUUGCCCUAUUAUCUCUUUCUAUGCCUGCCUGCCACUCUCUCUCUCUCUCUCUCUCUCUCUCUCUCUCUCUCUCUCUCUCUCAAUAUACCUUUCUCUUGCCCUUUUAUCUCUUUCUAUACCUGUCUCUCGCUCUCCUUUUAUCUCUUUCUAUACCUGUCUCUCGCUCUCCUUUUAUCUCUUUCUAUACCUGUCUCUCGCUCUCUUUGAUUGCUUGUUCUCCCACUCUAUUUCUGAAAACUCCCCUUUCCCCACUUCCCUCUCUCUCCACACAGCCAUUCACCCCCUCUCUCCGCCUCCCUCCAUCUUGCCCGCUCUCUCUGUGUGUAGGACUCCUCUCUCCUCUGUCUCUCUCAGUGUUAGUGCAGUUCUGAAUGGACAUGGGGAAACAUGUGUGCAUGCUUAUAUUAACAUGAAUGAUGUCAACUUGAUGCAAUGAAAAUUAAAUAAGUGAUGCUUUAAGCAAAACCUGACAAUGAACUUGAUAUUAAUACUACUAAUGAUGAAAAUGGAGACCUAGCAAUCGUUAUCUCUGUAAUCAAAACAAUGAUGAUAAAUAACAUUGUUUAUCCUGUAUGUCUUCAUUAAAUAGUUAUUCCUGAUUUAAUUUUUGAUUCCUUAAAACAAAUAUAAUUUCUUCAGACGUUUCCUUUUUAUAUGGGUUAAACGGAUAAAUAGACAUUUGAACAGAAGUGAGACAUUCAGUCAGGAUGCUUGUUUCAGCCAGAGAACUAGGGGGAGGAGGGUGAAGAGGAAGAUGAUGUAGGUGAAUGUGUGGGAGAUGGUGUGGCUGAAGCAAUGAUCAUGGAAAUAAAGGAUAUGUAUCAUCCAGCCUCA